AUGGACAUAACCAACGAUGGUACAGUUACAUCCGAAUGCGAGUUUGUGUCUGAAAAUGAGGUAGCGACAAACACAAAAAGGAAAAAAAGAAAAAAUCAACAGGGCUCAAACAAAAAAGAUGAUGCAAAACCACCCCGUCCAGCUCCGCCAUCUACAAGUGAAGCUCCUGAUCACAUGAAGAGAAAAAGAUCUAUUUGGUGGAAACAUUUUGAAAAAACUGAAGUUGUUGAUGUUGCUGAAUGUAUACAUUAUCAUAGAAGGAUUGGUUGUGCAAGCGUAAAUGGGACUACACCUUUGAAAAACCACGUUAUUGGUUGCAAACAGAAUCCAGAAAACAUAGAUAAAAAACAAAAACUCAUUGACCUUGAGUCCAAAACAUGUAUUAGUGACGAUGGUUCUACUGAAACUACUACAGUUCCUAGGUUGUGGGAGUUCAACCCAGAAGUUAUCAGGAGAGCACUUGCUAGAAUGUUGAUAGUUGACGAGCUGCCGUUUUCUUUUGUUGAGCGUGAAGGUUUUCGUUAUUUUUGUAAGGUGAUGAAUGCCCAUUUUAAUGUCCCUUCACGUUCUACCGCUACACGAGAUUGCUAUAGUACUUUCAUCAAGGAAAGGAAAAGGUCAUCUCCGGCGAGGCUCCAAAAAUUUAAAGCAUGCAUUGAAGAGGAGAAAAUCGAAAGCAUGAGUCUUGUGUCCAUGGAUGUCGAUACACGCUGGAAUUCAACUUUUUUGAUGCUUGAGAGUGCUUUGAAAUUUAAGAAAGCAUUCUCAAACUUGCUUCUGAAAGAUUCAAAUUGUGAGAAAGAGUUAAAAAAGUGUGAAGGUGGUUUGAUAAGUGAAGCUGAUUGGACCAAUAUGGUUUUACUAAGCAUACAGACAUGUCCGUUAAGACCAUGGCACAAAAAAUGCAAAAGAAAUAUAAGAAGUAUUGGGGGGGAUGCUGAUAAGUUAAAUCAAUUUUUGUUCAUUGCUGGAGUCCUUGAUCCAAGGCGAAAAUGGAAAUAUAUUGAAUGGGUUGUUGCAGAAAAUUUUAACAAAGAUAGUGCUGCUAUUUUUCUUAUCAAACUAGAGCACAACAUGCGCUCUCUGUUUGACAUGUAUCAUUCUGCCAUGCCUCAAAAGGAGCACGAUGAGGUCUCAUCCAUAUCUUCUACUUCUGUUUCUAAUGCUAUGUGGGGGAAUGAUGUAAUGGACAUUGAUGCAAUGAUGACAAAGAGGUUUGAAAUGGCUAUGGGAAGUUCAGAAACUACUACAAGGAAAACAGAAUUAGACAAAUAUUUAGGGGAAGAUCGUGAGCCUAUGGACCUACAUUUUGAUAUAUUAACAUGGUGGAAGGUUCAAAGAUGUAGGUAUCCCAUUCUUUCUAAGAUGGCUCGAGAUAUUCUUGCUAUUCCAGUUUCUACAGUUGCCUCCGAGUCGGCUUUUAGUACAGGGGGACGAGUACUUGAUUGUUUCCGGACUGCUUUGACUCCAAGAAUGGUGGAAGCAUUGGUGUGUACACAAGAUUGGACACGUACUUCUUAUAAUCCUGUUAUGGUUGAUGAUCUACUACUUGAAAUAGAGAAAAUCGAGGAAGGUUUGAAUGACUUAACUUUGGAACAACCGACUAUCAUUAUUGAUGAAACGGUUGAUGAAACAUCUGGAAUCACUGAUCUGACUUGA